UAUGUCCCCCCUUUUUGGAGUCGCUUGGCCAGCCUGCUUCCCUGGCCGUUGCCGCUGCUGCCAUUGCCGCUGCUGCUUGAGCAGUGGAGCUGCCUGACACCACGCUGCAUGCUCUCCCUCGCUUUGCUGGAUAAUCACUGAGUCUGCAAGACACUGCAACGGAGGACGGGAAGGGAGGGAGGCAGAGAGGGACAGAGAGAGACUGCACUCUUCAUUCAGCUGCUGCAUUCUCCAGCCCGCCUCUCCCGCUGCUUUCCUGCGCUGCUGCAAGUGCAGUGCUGGGGGUCAACCGGACGGGCUGAGAGCUCCCUGAAGGUCUUCAUCCUCCUCUCUUUAGGAUUCGUCCCUCUGUUCAUUCCGGGGGCAGGGUGCAGAGGAGGAGAGAAGAGGGAGGGACUGGGAGCAGGACUUCAGACUCCUGCCUUCAGCUGCGUGGCUCCAGAGACACAUGAGAGGAACACACAGGCAUAUUUGCGUAGAUUAGACACAGCUCAGUCUUUGGCAGACAGGAAAGGGGGGUGGGGACAGACUGACAAAAAACACACAUUAUAUAAAUACAGAAGGACUGACAGGCAGGGGGUGUCAUGGCGUCAAUGGACCGCACCGGUGUCUCCGGUCGGCUGAGAUCAGGGGAUCUACUUCACGCUGGCCUGGCAGUUGUACUGCUGCUCGGGGUAUGGGGUGUUAGUGGACUGGAGGUAUCGACAGGUAAAGUGUCUUCAAUCGAAGCAAUGAACGGCUCCACGGUUCUGAUUCCCUGCACAUACUCCUCCUGCAUCGGCAUCAAAGACCUCUUCUUCAACUGGCAUUAUAAUGACAACGGAACAAUGCUCAAGUUGUGUGAAGGAGAGAUCCCAAUGGAGGGCGUGGAGCCCAGAGGGGUCAGUGUGUACCAUGAACGUAUUGAGUUUGUCGGCUCCUCGAAGGGCAACAACAUCUCCUUCCUGCUGUGGAACAUCACCUUCGAAGAUCAGGGAGAGUACAUCUGUUUCGCCCGGAACCCGAAAGAAAAGAACCGCAACCACACCGCUAUCUUCACUCUGAUAGUGGUGGACCAACUGAAGGAUCCUGACAGCAGUUUGACCGUCGUCAUCGUCUCUGUGCUGGGGGGAGUCAUUGGCUUAGCUAUCUUCCUCAUGGUGGUCAAGGGCUUGGUUGUUAACUUCCUGCUGGAUGGCGGUGAAAAAAAUAAAGAUUGCCUGGUGAACUCAGGGAACGACAACACAGAAAAUGGACUUUCAGGAGCCAAAGCCGACAACAAAGGGACGCCGAAGGCAUGAGCAUAAAGCAACGUAUGUCUGUAUGUUUGUAUAUAUGUUAGACAAAUGUACACACGCUCAGAGAACAGGCUGUUAUCGGUGGACUGUUUUAUCUUACUAGUGGCUAUAGCUAAUAACAAUAUGUAAAUGUUUAUUUUAAAUCAUGCUUGAGAUUUGGGGGGUGUGAGACGUGCACAGGCGUGGAUCACUCGCUCACUUAUACGGCAGCCCAGUUGUUACACAGAGCCUCGGUUAUCAAAUGCUGCUCAGACUGAAUUAUUCCUGCUGCCAAAUUUAUAUACAUUUGCAAACAUUUAUUAGAAGGAUUUCUUAAAAUAAAUUAUAAAUAAUUUAUUAUGAAAAUAUUUGUGUUACAAAAAACGUAAAUACCUGCAAUAUUACUUUGGAGGAAGAAUUUAGCACAAAUCAGAUUCUAAAUUGCCUUUUUUCUGUUGUUGUUGCUUUUAUUGAUAAAGUUUCUGGAUUUCAGUGACCCCGCAGAAAUACAGUUAGUAAUCUUAGUUGACCGUAUGUUUGAUUAUCCAUUUGGAAUUCAUGGUGUCAGUGUAAUCCACAACUCUGAGUGAAAUCAGGACCCAAUCUCACCUCUACAGUAAACCAAACAACAGCAUAAAAAGGAAAAGAAAAAUUAACAAACAAACAAGCAAACAGACAAACAAACAGUUUUGUCUAUGAACCUAUUUUUUCAUAGACAAAUUUUUUAACAGCUGGUUUUCCUGCCGGGUCCAGGUCUGACACCCUGCCAGGUUGUGCUUGGUUCAUCAAUGCUGAAUCUGCAGAUUUUGAUUAACUCCUGUCUACAACUGGGCUUUCUGAAGUGACUUAAAGGAUCCAGUCCUGCACUGGUUUUCAUUGUUUCGCUUUAGAUGAAACACAGGUGCCUGUUCUGCUUCUGCUCCCUCUGCUGGCGGGAGGUUAAAAACCCCAAAAAAUGUAUAAAAAAAACUAACACAUCCCGCAUCAGAGACAAUCCCCAGACCUGCCCAGCUCCCUAUAGAAAGGAAUGAACUUAAUCAUGCUGCUUCUGUCUAAUAACCAAUACAUGUUUAGCAUGUGUGCAUUUUAUAUAACGUCAUAUAAGUACAUGUUGUCUCGUACCACAGGACAGGAACAUUUCUGUGCAUCGCUGUAGGGUCUCAUUUAACCCUUCACAUCAACUGACUGAAGCUGAGUAAAUACCAGACGAGCACCCUCCCUCCAAACACUGCGACAGCUAUUCUCACCCCUUUAACCAGGUCAGGGUGAUGACCCGUCUUUUAGGGUCAGGACCUGCAGGUAUAUGUGGGAAAAGAAGGGUGAAAAAGACAAUUUAAACUUAUUGAAAUCCUACAAACUUGUUUAGUAUCACUAAAUUGAAGAAGUUUAAGACGUUGGCACUUUGUUCGAUGGCAGAUCAGCAGUAUAUACUGUGAGUGGGAAGAGCAACAUGCGUGCGCAGUUCUCCGGAUACCAAUUCACCUUUACACUUUCAAGCACUUUUAAGUAGCAAGAAAGGGACUCAAUAGAUUCCAUACCUCCGCCAAGGCCCAACAUUCCUCUUAAUUCACUAGAUCCGCAUUUGUUUUAUGUCUCAUUACCAAAUCAUGCAAACUCCUAAGUAUCAGUCCCCAAAUCAUGUCAGAGAUCCAAGAAUUGUUCAAUGAGAAAUCAAUGAAAAUGUUGGAAAACUAUUCCUGGAUCUGCUCCCUAAUCUGAGCCACAAUUCAAUUGAUUCUUUCUCUAACUCAUACUGCACAAUUCCACAAAAUGUUGUGGUAAUCCAUCCGGGAGUAUUUUGCAUAAUCCUGUCAACUAUCAAACAAAGUCAGACAGAAACAUUACCUCCUAUAGGUGGUAACUAAAGUUGUAGUGAAAAUUAAUUCCUGGAUCUGCCCCCUGAUCCUGAUCCGGCACCAAACUUUAAGGGUUCCUCCCUGACCCAUCCUUCCACUGAGUUUCAUGGUGAUGCAUCCGCCAGUUUUUUGCAUUUUCCUGCUAAAUAACAAAUGCAGAUGAAAACGUAACCUACUUGGCGGAGGUAAGGUAGCAUGUGUAAAGUUUUAAUGAUGAAACCUCUCAUCCAAUUGGAAGUCAACAUUAACGAAGUGCGAAGUUGCUCAUUGGAAACUCGAACCUCUCUUUGCGACCCUCAGUAAUAGAGCUAGCUUCUGUGGAGCUGGCAGACAAGUGCCGUCACAGCCGCGCGCAUAGCUCAGAUAGCUAUGACAGCUGAGAGCUGCUCACAGACUCACAUACUAAAGAUACACUUUGAUACCAGGGUGCGGUACACUGGCCUUGCAUAUAGACGAAACAACACUUUACCACUGAUCAGAGUGGCUGCACCAAACAGGAUAUUAUGGGAAAGACUUCAUUCAUCGUUUCUUUGUGAAUUCACGUUUUGUCGAAUGGUUUUAGCACUGACUGUCUUCAUGUUUUCUCAUUGGAACAGAGCUCUGAGGCAAAGAUUUGAUCUUAUUUUUCUAAUCGCUCCCUCACUUCUGUUAGCCUGCUGCUCUCUGACCCUGCAGUGCAUUUCCCUUCUUGCUUUCAAAUGGCAGCAAGAGGACGACAGACAGACCGAUUAUGCAAUAAACUGUUUUAAGGCACUUUACAGAUGUGUCUGGACCGGUUGCGAUCGCAACUCCGUCUGUCCGAGGCACUGUUCAUACGUAGCUUCACUCCACUAAUGUAUCUCAGUCAGACUAAUGUAUUGACAUUAGGUUCAUGUAUCUACAUUAGACAGAUUUAACUGCAUUGGAUCAAUCGAGAUAGAUCCCUUUUACACUUGGCCUGAAAUUCCCUGCGUAGAUGGAAUAUCUCUCAAGAUGAGCUCGGAGCUUCAGGCCACAUUAUGAAGCCACGUCUGAUCUCUCUGUUCGAUUGAGGAAAGCUCUACAGCAGAUUUCUGAUAUCCCAAGUCAUUAAUGUUGUGUUCCUCCUAAUCUGGAAAACAUGGUACGACCUGAGGUAUGGAAAAUUAUCAUGAAAGUUGUAUCUAGAGAGAAUUCCGAUAUAGUGUGGUUAAACCAAACCUCAUCACAUUACAGCCUGUAUACGGUGCUGUGUCGUAAGAAUCCAGUUCCAACUAAUUUGACGUGAGAUGUAAUUAGAUCUCUUUCAAAAUACAGAUGCCAUGACAAACAACACAUUUGGAAUGGGGUCGAAAUUUGGUUUGAUACCUCCACUGGAAUUGUAAUGCUGAGUAUAAAUGGGAUCAAGGCUGAUCUAUGUCCACAGACCCAAACUUGCUUCCUCAUCCCACCAUCUGUGUGUGCAUAUCCCUCCAUAGUGUUCCUGUGGGAAAACAACGACUACACUGUUGUUUUCUCUUGAUGUAACUUGCCAUCCUCCAUAACUCGAUCCUUGCCAAACAAAUAGGUGGAUUCAUGUAGGGAUCGUGAUGCAUUGCCUGUGUAUUUGUGGCCACAUUUCUAGUGCUUGCUUUGUUUUUCUGUGAUCACUAACCAGAUUUUUUUGUUCCCUGGAGUGUAGCCAUUAACCCUGCCUCUCGGUUUCAGGAAAUUUAUUCUCUGCCGUUAUGGAGUUAUUUAUUUUCCUGACGUGAGUGAAAAGCAUCGACAUCGAUAUUGGCCCAGUAAACUAGACGCAGGCAUGUGGGAAGGCUGUAGGGACGAUGGUCUGUUUCAAUGAAGGCCAGGUACAGCAUGUAUGCGGCAAACAGGAUAAUACGAUUUCAUGUAUGAAUGCAGACAGUGUAGAUCUACUGGAGCUGUGAAGCUGCUGCCUUCAUCACGACAUGAAUUUGUACUGGCUCAUUUUCUCUCUAUCACAUUCUGACCUGUAUGUAUUUCGCCAAGAAACAUCCUUACGUGGGUUGAUGUCGGCUUAACAACUGCUCGCAGUGUUUGCUGCCGUACUGACUCUGCCAUGACUGGAGUGGGACGCUCCUCUGCAGUGGUGCGGUACGCCACAGUCAAUACAACGUGACUGCCACCUGGUGGUCCAUGCCUAACACAUCAGACAAGCUUGGGCAGAAGCUGAUGAGACAAACAAACAGGCGCUUCUUGCAUUUGAAUUCAGACCAUGAAAAGAAAUAACUGUGUCCAGUAAAGCUAGAAUUAUAAUUUAAAGUGUUAAGAUCAUUCUAACAGCUGAGACAAUUUAUGAGCAUUAAAUAGAAUUGAAGUGUUGCUAAUUGCUUUACAUAAUGCCACUAGUUAGAUUGCUAAAAAAUAUACAUUACUUACAUAAUGGGGUGUUCUAUCUACGUUUAAUACGGGGGACUCAUUCUGUUCAAGUUUACACUUAAUCUUUUUGGAGAAGGAUAUACAAAAUUUGUACAACUUGGAUUCUUUCUCAAAUUGCUCCCAGUUGACUCCUUCAUUGAGCAUUAAAAUAGUUACAGAUAGUCUCAGUGUAACUGACUGACCGCUGUGGUAUUGCUCUUACUGCCAGGGCGGCUGAAACUCAUACUGCCAGUCCAAGAGUCUCACGUCUGCUGUUGUUAUGACACUAUUUACAAUGACACACAAUGACUCCAUUUGUACACCAGAAAACACAGAUAGUAUCACGGUCUCCCGCCCGUAUCCACGGUACUCUCAGUGCUAGAUCCUAGGUGAUAUCGCUCUGGCACUACCAAUGUGUUUCUAGCGGCUGAAACUCACACUGCCAAGCCAUGAGUCUGACGUCUGCUCUCCGCUUCCCACAUUCCACUCGGAUCAGAUGAUCAAACCACGGAUCUAAUGUUGGUUUAAUGCAGGAAAGAAAAGACAUUAAUUUUACUACAAUCCCAGUGUAAGGGGAUGAUAGAUAAAGGAGAUGAAUGUGGGCGCCAUAUGUUCCUAUUUAGGCACAAAUACAAUCGUUUCCAUUGUAGGAAUUUUGAGAUAGCAAACAAAAUCAUAAAAAGUAAUUAUUGUUAGCAUAUUGUGACAUAGUGUGUGUCAGUGUUUGAUCACGUGUCUAGUAAACUGCCUUCCGUAACUCUUAUAGACCACGGCUAUAGCUAGAGAUUUAAAUUAUAAGCACAGGCUGACGCUCACUGCAGUCCUGUAUUUUGAACUAUUUCAACAAUAUUUUUUACACUUUAAGUCAAUACAAAUUCUAUCAAUGUUACAUCUAAUCUAACUAAUCCACUGACGCGACAGAAAUGAAGACACUUUACAGUGUGUCAAAGCUCUUGCAGCAAGUUCCACACACACACAAACAAACACACUCACGGUCAGCAAUUUUGCCACCCCAGGUUUCCUGAAUCUACUUUUCUGUGAUGUUCAGCUGUUUGUCUGUGUUUAUGACCAUGUUGCUCAUGCUCCCCUCAUGACUAGGCACCACAAACUCUUGUUAAAAAAAUACAUCCUGAAAAUAAAAACGCUGAUAGAAAUUC